UGGGUUUGGAUUAAGUAAAAUGGAUAUGGUAUAUGGGUUUAGUAGAAAUAGAAAAUGCGGUGUUUGUUGUGUUUGAGUUUUAGGGCUAGGGCGGCAGCUUCUUUGUGUUUGCUUGAGGCUCAUGUUCGUUCAGUGAUUGGAUUGGGUCUAUUAAAUACUAACCUUUUCGUAUGCAUAUUCCAUCGCCUUCGUCUUUGGCUUCCAACUACCUAGCAAUGUCAAGCGACAUUUUUGUUGUUCCAGCCUUUGGUCAGGGCCACCUACUUCCUUGUAUAGAGCUAUGUAAGCACUUAGCGUCUCUUAAUUUCAAAACCACCCUUUUAAUUUUCUCUAAUCUUUACUCCUCCAUUCCCGUCUCUUUUAUCCAGUACCCUUUAAUUGAAGUUGCCCAAAUACAAUCUCCACCUCCUUCUUCACUACCCCCAUUUCUUCGACUGAAAGAGGAUAAAACCCGACUGGUUUCAGCACUUGAAUCUCUCCUAUCAACCCGAACUCAUACAGAUCUACCCGUUUGUGCCGUAGUUGAUGUCGCUAUAGUAAUGGAGUGGACUGUCGAAAUUUUCGGAAAAUUCAAAGUGCCUACCAUCGGAUUUUUCACUUCUUCUGCAUGCUCUGUUGCCGUGGAGCUCGCCACCUGGAAAUACGGCGGCGAUUUCCGUCUACUGCCAGGAUUACUGGAGCGUAUGGCUCUUACAGAAUCAGAUCUCAAACGACGUCCUGGUGGGCCUAACGGCGGCGGCGGCGGAAAUUCAUCGAGCCCAGGUGGGCCGAGAAAAAUAGGCCCACCAAAUCCUCUAGGAAGACCACAAUGGGUAGAUGACGUGGAGGAGUCGAUAGCGUUGAUGAUAAACACUUGUGAUGAUCUUGAACGCCCUCUCAUUCGUUACCUUGCAAAUGAAGUGGGAAAACCGGUUUGGGGAGUCGGCCCACUUUUGCCCGAGUUAUAUUGGAAAUCGGCUGGUUCUCUCGUUCGAGAUGGUGAGAUUAGGCCGAACCGAAAAUCUAAUGUCACUGAAGAUGAGGUAAUAAGUUGGUUAGACUCAAAGCCAAAAAAAUCAGUGUUAUACAUAUCAUUUGGUACAGAAUUAGGUCCAGAAAUGGAUGAAUAUCCUCAUUUAGCUAAUGCAUUAGAAGAAUGGACUGGACCAUUCAUAUGGGUAAUCCAACCGGGUCCAGGUAGACUAGGUCCGCCACGUCAACUUUCUGGUUCAGAUGUCGAAUUUCCUUCGGGUUUUCAAGAAAAAGUUGGGGAAAGAGGAUUGAUAAUAAGUGGUUGGGCACCACAGUUGUUGAUAUUGAGUCACCCAUCAACGGGUGGAUUUUUGUCACACUGUGGAUGGAAUUCUACAAUGGAAGCAAUUGUGUCACACUGUGGAUGGAAUUCUACAAUGGAAGCAAUUGUGAGAGGUGUUCCUUUUCUGGCUUGGCCUAUUCUAGAUGACCAAGUUGAGAAUGCAAAACUAGUGGUGAAUCAUAUGAAGAUAGGUUAUAUUGUUAGUGAUGUGGAUUGGAUUACAAAGGACAAUCUUACGAAGGGGAUAGAAAGGCUAAUGGGAGAUGAAGAAAUGAAAGGAAGAGCUGCUAUUAUUUGCUCUAAAUUUAAAGAUGGCUUUCCAUCAACUUCAUUGGGUUCUUUGGAUGCUUUUAAGAAUUUUAUAAACCAAAGAAUUGGUUAACUUGUAAAUUUAAGUUAAUGCAGAUCAAAAUUAAAUAAAAUGAGAAUUUAUGCUUUA